UCCUGAAGGGGAGUGAGAUGACGUAGCCUUGUGAGGAUUUAUCAGCUAAGCAGAAAAUGAGCUUAACAUCCUGGUUUUUGGUGAGCAGUGGAGGCACCCGUCAUAGACUGCCGCGAGAAAUGAUUUUUGUUGGACGAGAUGACUGUGAGCUGAUGUUGCAGUCACGUAGUGUGGAUAAGCAACAUGCUGUUAUCAAUUAUGAUGCCUCUGCUGAUGAACACUUGGUGAAAGAUUUAGGCAGUCUAAAUGGGACUUUCGUGAAUGAUGUGCGGAUUCCAGAACAGACAUACAUCAUUCUAAAGCUUGAUGAUAAGCUGAGAUUUGGAUAUGAUACCAAUCUUUUCACUGUAGUCAGAGGAGAGCUGAGAGUGCCUGAAGAAGCACUUAAGCAUGAGAAGUUUACUAGUCAGCUACAAUUAUCUCAGAAAUCCUCAGAGGUAGACGGGGCAAAACUAAGCAUUGGCAAAACUGCAGAACCAAGAGUACAAGACAGCACUGCUGAAAUUCAUCACAAAGUGAUUGAUGCUCUCAAGUCAGAAGAAAAAUCAGCAGAUCUUUCUGGACUGCCUCGUGGUACACCAUUAUAUGGGCAGCCAUCUUGGUGGGGUGAUGAUGAGACUGAAGAGCAGAAUGGCUGUAGACAAGGUGUUAAACCUGAAGAGAAAGCACAAGAAAUAGUAGUUUUAGGAGGCAGCACAGAUGGCAAGCAAGCUGAGGAGCAAUCUGCAGCUGCAACGGGAGAAGAACCUUAUCCAUUUUGUAGGGAACCAAGUUAUUUUGAAAUCCCUACAAAGGAAGCCCAGCAACAUUCACAAACACCUGAGGGUACUAUUCAUGAGAUCCCAACAAAAGAUACACACAUAGCAGGGGCAGGGCAUGCUUCCUUUACUAUUGAAUUUGAUAACAGCACCCCAGGAAAAGUAACCAUCAAAGAUCAUGUCACAAAAUUCACUCCAGAUCAGCGUCCCAAGCCUAAGAAGUCUCCUUCUGGUGCUCAGGAUCUCUCUGGGCUUCAAACUGUGAUGAUGGCACCGGAAAGUAAAGUGGCAAACUGGUUAGCACAAAACAACCCCCCAACAAUAAUGUGGGAAGCAUCAGAAGAAGAUUCAAAAAGUAUUAAGAGUGACGUUCCAGUCUACUUGAAGAGACUGAAAGGAAAUAAACAUGAUGAUGGAACACAGAGUGAUUCAGAAAAUGUUGGGGCACACAAGCUUUACAGUAAACGUGCUACACUUGAAGAUCACUUAAAGCAUCACUAUACUGAACAGAAAAAAUUACAUUCGAAAGCUCUGAAUGUAGAGAAACAUUCAGAUCAACCUGUUUUAAGUCAGACUGCCUUUAUGAUUGAGUUCUUUGAUGAAGGCCAUCCUCGGAAGAGGAGAUCGUAUUCUUUUUCUCAAAAUAUAGGAGGUUUGUGCCCUGAAACACCUUCUCCAGCAUCCCUUGCAAGAACUGAAAAAGCGAAACCUCCACCAUCAUUGGCCCAGAACAACUCCACCCAGCACAGGGUGGUGCAUGCAAAACUUCUCAAGCAAAAAUCAGAAGAGCCUUCUGCUGCACUACCUUUCUUACAAAGUACAUUGUUAAGAAGUUCAGGAAGCCUUGGGCACAGACCAAGUCCAAACGAGGACAUGGAGAAGAAGCUAAAAACUCAGCUUGUUUCAGUGAAUCUUGAAAAGGAUGAUGAUGACCAAAGUGAUAAAGGUACUUACACUAUUGAACUGGAAAAUCCAAAUGCAGAGGAGAUGGAAGCACGCAAGAUGAUUGAUAAGGUUUUUGGAGUGGAUGACAGCCAGGAUUAUAAUAGGCCUGUUAUCAACGAAAGCCAGAAAGAUUUAGUAAAAGAUUGGGCUAUUAAUUCUGCUACAAUAGUGCUUGAAGAAAAAAGUCUACUGAGUACAACUGGAUUUCUUGACACAGAGGAAAGCACUGGCAUAUCUGGAAGCAAGCGCUGGGUGUCGCAGUGGGCUAGUCUGGCUGCUAAUCAUACAAAACAUGAAGAAAAUGAAGAACGGAUGGAGUCAUCUGUACUUAUUCAUCUAGAAAAUGACACUGACAUCGGUGGGUCUGGCCUAUCAGUUAGAAGUUCUGGCUCAAUUACCUCUUUAACCAGCCUAGAUCGAAAGAGGCGGACACUCCCUCAGUUGCCAAAGGAGGAAACUGCUAUUAUCGAAGGACAAAAAACAAAAGUUACAGCCCAUCACAGAUCAGAGAUAGGUGAAAAACAGGACACAGAACUUCAAGAGAAAGAAACUCCAACUCAUUCUCAAAAAGAAAUAGGACAUGCCACCGAUAAAAGCCUGACUAAAGUGAGCCGGACAAUAAAUGGCCUUUCUCCUAAAGCAGAUAAGACAGUUUUUCACUCCAGUAGUUGCCUUGCUUCUGAAAAAGAGAAAAAUGAAAAUGGCAAAGAAAUAUCUAUGGUAAAGCAAUCUUUAACUAAAAUUCAAAAUGAGCUGACACAUUGGAUCCCAGCUAAAUUAUCUUCUGCAAGAACUGCAAGCCAGGUUGAAAAAGGGAGAGACGAAUCUUCUGUUUCCCAUAAAUUGGAUAUGAAAGAAAAGGCAUCAGGGCAUGGUGCAGGUAAAACAGAAGUUAAAUUGUCACAAAGUGAAGGGAAAAGAAGGAAAGCCGAGGAAGCCAAAUUGCAAACAAUUAAAGGACUUAGUGGAGAUAAAAAGGAAACAUCAAAGCCAUUAGUAAGACAAGGCAGCUUUACUAUAGAUAAACCAAGUGCAAAUAUACCCAUAGAAUUAAUACCUCAUAUUAAUAAACAAGGAACUACUCCAUCAAUUUCUUUAACAUCCACCAACAGAACAAGUGAGAAAAGUGAUUCAGUGGAAAUAGAUCCUGGUCUAGAUACAACACUUAUUUUAAAAGAUACAGAAGCUGUAAUGGCUUUUCUUGAGGCAAAGCUGCGUGAAGAAAAUAAAACAGAUGAAGGACCUGACACUCCCAGCUACAAUAGAGAUAAUUCCAUUUCACCUGAAUCAGAUGUGGAUACUGCUAGUACAAUUAGUUUAGUUACCGGAGACAGUGAAAGAAAAACUACUCAGAAACGUAAAAGCUUUACUACUCUCUAUAAAGAUCGAUGUUCAACUAGUUCUCCCUCAAAGGAUAUUUUAAAGUCAUCUUGUUCAAAUGCCAGUGACAAAAUGGAGAAGAAAACAAAAGGCCGCUCCUCAGAAGCUAGUUCAAGGGGUGAUGCACGCAAGAUUGCACAGAGUAGUGGAAGAAUAAGGCAGCCUUCAGUAGAUUUAACAGAUGAUGAUCAAACUUCUAGUGUGCCUCAUUCUGCUAUAUCUGAUAUCUUAUCUUCUGACCAGGAAACAUGUUCUGGCAAAUCACACGGAAGGACUCCUUUUACCUCAGCAGAUGAACAUUUGCAUUCCAAAACGGAAGGAAUUAAAUUAGCUAAGUUGAAGUCUUCUUCACCAUCAACUGUUCAAGUCAGUAAGUCAACCACUCUUCCAAGGCCUCGCCCUACAAGGACUUCACUGUUACGAAGAGCACGGCUUGGUGAAGUGUCAGAUAGUGAACUUGCAGAUGCAGAUAAAGCAUCAGUGGCUUCUGAGGUGUCUACUACAAGUUCUACAUCUAAGCCCCCAUCAGGAAGGAGAAAUGUUUCAAGAAUUGACCUGCUUGCCCAGCCACGGAGAAAUAGACUUGGUUCUUUAUCGGCACGAAGUGACUCUGAAGCAACAGUAACUAGAAGCUCUACAUCUCGUACUUCAGAAGCUAUAACUAGAAGUGGCAUUAGACUAACACCACCAGCAGACAGUACUAAAGUUUCUCCUAGAAUUAGAGCUAACAGCAUUUCUCGCCUAUCAGAUUCCAAAUCCAAAUCUCUGUCUUCAGCCCAUAACUCUCCAUCAGUAAAUUCAAGAUGGAGGCGCUUUCCUACUGAUUAUGCUUCCACCUCAGAAGAUGAAUUUGGAUCAAACCGUAAUUCUCCUAAACAUGCCCGUCUACGUACUUCUCCAGCCCUGAAAACUACUCGAGUGCAGAACAUUGGAACACCAGUACAGAGUAGCAAUACCUUCAAGCAUAGGAUAAAAGAACAAGAGGACUACAUUCGUGAUUGGACUGCCCAUCGAGAAGAAAUAGCAAGGAUCAGUCAAGAUUUGGCUCUCAUUGCCCGGGAAAUCAAUGAUGUAGCAGGAGAGAUCGAUUCAGUGACUUCAUCAGGCACUGCUCCUAGUACCACAGUAAGCACUGCUGCCACCACCCCUGGCUCUGCCAUAGACACUAGAGAAGAGCUCGUUGACCGUGUGUUUGAUGAAAGUCUAAACUUCAGGAAGAUUCCUCCAGUAGUAAAUGCUAAAACACCAGAUGGAAACAUUCGGCCGAAUGAUCCCAAACCACAGACAACAGAUGUACCUGAACCCCCCACAAUUACACGUCGCCGAACCUGGAGCAGAGAUGAAGUUAUGGGAGAUACUUUGCUGUUGUCCUCAGUCUUCCAGUUUUCUCGGAAGAUUCGGCAAUCUAUAGAUAAAACAGCUGGUAAAAUAAGAAUAUUAUUCAAAGACAAAGACCGGAAUUGGGAAGACAUUGAAAAAAAACUGCGAGCUGAAAGUGAUAUCCCAAUUGUGAAAACAUCAAGCAUGGAAAUCUCAUCAAUAUUGCAAGAAUUGAAGAGAGUGGAGAAACAACUGCAAGUGAUUAAUUCAAUGAUUGACCCUGAUGGAACAUUGGAUGCUCUAAGCAAUUUGGGAUUUGCUGGUCCUGUCCAAGCAGCUCAUCCUAAGCAGAAAUCCAUUCCUGGUUCUCAAAGUGCCCAUCCACAGAUACAGCCCAACUGUCUGCCGGAAGCAAGGGCUGUACGGCCAGCCACUGCCUCUACUUCAAGUGAACUUGGAACUGUUGAAUCUGAGCAUGAUUUCAGCAUACAUUUCAAUAGGUUCAAUCCAGAUGGAGAAGAAGAAGAUCCAACUUUGUGCAAAUGACAUGAAUGUUAUAAGUACUUUUAGUAUUGAAUGUGCAAAAUUCAUUAAGAGUCUUAGCAUUCUUUAAACAGUAAAAGAAGGUUGGUAAAACUGUUGUUGCUUUGUUAUUACCAACUACUUUGUGAUAUUUUGGAUGUCACAAACCAUUUGACUCAUUAAGGUAAACAUGGGUACCAAUGAAAAUGCACAGUUUGUGAUCAUUUUAUGAGUUUCACAAGCACUUGCUUUGAAUAUUUUCGUCCAUAGUUUAUUUUGUUUAAGCUGACUUCAACCAGGCAACCAUCCUUCAUUUUAAAGUUCUGAGUCUCCUCUGACAAGGUGAUCUUAAUUAAGCCUCUUUACUUAAAUU